AUGGACAAAUGGGAAGAUAAUAGAAGGAUUCAAGGCAGAAUUAAUCAAGCUAUUGAAGAGGUUGUUGGUGUGGCAACCUCCCAAUCUAGCUUGGUUUAUCUACCUUUCACAAUGGAGGAUCAGAGGAGUAAAAAGAUGUGGCCUAGCAUAAAGAUCAGACAUGGGGCAUGGUCAGAUAAUCUUGUUAGUAAGAAGGAUCAUCUAUGUGUUAUUUGGGAACCCCCUGCUGAAGGUUGGCAUAACGUGAAUUUUGAUGGUGUUGUUCAAUCUAACCCGAGACCCUCUGGGGUGGGGAUUGUUAUUAGGAACGAGAAAGGUGAUAUUAUAAAAUGUGGUGCAAAGAGAUUAAAGACAGACACAAACAAUGAGGUUGAAGCCUAUCCAACAUUACUUGUUGUUAGAUUGGCUCGUAGUUCAGGAAUCAAAAAGUUACAUUUGGAGGGAGACUCACUUGUUAUUAUACAAACAAUUAAAAAUGGGGGGAUCAAUGCUUGGCAUUUGCAGGGAUAUAUUUCUCUGAUUGUUGGUGAAUUGAAUAGAUUUAAGAACUUUAUGGUCAGCCAUAUUAGACGAGAGGGCAAUAAAGUUGCAAACAAAUUAUCAAAGUGGGCACUCAGUUUUGAAUAG